UUGAGCAGUUGACAACACGGGUGGUUUGAAUUUCUGUUUCAUUUUGGUACUUUCUGGGUUCCAUACAACCUACCUAUCAUUACCAUGAAAGCCCGCUCUCCUCACAUUCCUACAGUAGCUCCUCCUUCCUCCCCCACAACUUGCUGGUCGAGCCACGUGACACAAAUCUCACCAAUCAGAGAACAAAACAGCAGGUCUCGAGAAGCAGGAGAUCCUCUAUCCAGCCACUGCUGACAUCGAGUCCGCUUGGCGACGGUAGCGGUGGGGGGGACUUGUUUUGGUUUAAGUUUACGGACUUGUCCUUAUGUGUCUAUCAACGUCGCGAUGCUUUGAAUCCCGCUGCGGUGCUUCCGGUUCGUUAUUUAUAAACAGUUGGCUUUACAUCACACCCUGGGAAAAGAUAUAAACUUCGGAUUUAAAGGAUCUUCCAGAGGAGCAACUCUUCCACCACCAGUCAACGGACUGACCUAUGCUAAGCUAACCCGCUAGCCAGAAGUCUGGAAUGCAUUCGACAUUCCCGAUUAAAGUCCACAAACGACCAGGGAAAGUUUACAUUUUCCAGCAGAGUUGCUACAUGCAGUUUUCCCGUGAAGCUGAACGGGAAACCAGCCCUACAGAGUCUCUACGUGGCUCAUCGGUGUGGACGGUGCAGGUGCACCUCUCUGGCACCUGCGGUAACUUCGCUCCAUCGGUAAAGCGAAAACUUUAUACCGCUACCACUAUCUUUAAAGAGUAGAAGCACCGUAACGAGACAUGUUUUAUCCCAAAUAUGAAGCUUUCUGACCCAUUAGGUUUUUAUUUCCACCGUUCUACAAGUUUUUUAACCGUUAGUCUAUUUCUGCUAAUCGUAGGCAGCGGCUUUGCUAGCUGCUCGUUGACCCUCACACUUCUACCGGAGUGGCGACGUGGAUACACGCUUGUGGACACUGUCUAUCAGGACUUUGGACACUGUUUAACUUUAGCGAGGCCUGAGAAGGGCAUUCUUCCGUUUCCUCGUUGGAUAGAGAAAUGUUACAAGAUGGUGAUUUUAGAAAGUAACAUUUGACCGUUUAUUAUAUAAUUUUUUUGUUUUAAUUCAGUCGCUAAAGCUCCGCACCCUAUGGUGCCGCUACGGCCACCGAGAAAUGGAUGUCUCGCAGGCCGCUUCCCCAAACGGUGAAGUGCGGCCGAGCGGGGGAGGGACAGGCGAGCAUGCCUGGACUGAGUACCCGACCGUUCGGACGUGUGCUCACUCUGCCCCGCUGUGUCCCACUCGGUCCCUGUGGACAGCCGCGUAUGACUACGAGGCAAGUGGCGAGGACGAACUCAGCCUCAGACGGGGUGACGUGGUAGAGGUCCUGUCCAAGGACGCAGCGAUCUCCGGGGACGAGGGAUGGUGGACAGGUAAACUUAACCACCGGGUCGGGAUUUUCCCCUCCAAUUAUGUCACUUACCAGCCCGCUAUUUACCGCCUCCAGUCAACUAACGGGUCAGCACCAGAACAGGUCCCCAGCUCGCCCACCCAGAUUCCGUUCAGUGAACUGGUAUUAGAGGAGAUCAUAGGCGUGGGCGGGUUUGGCAAAGUUUACCGAGGAACGUGGAAGGAUCAGGAGGUGGCAGUGAAAGCGGCUCGACAAGACCCGGAUGAGGACAUCACGGCCACCGCCGCCAGCGUUAAGCAGGAGGCCAAGCUCUUCUCCAUGCUGCAGCAUCCCAACAUCAUCAAACUGGAAGGGGUGUGCUUGGAGGAGCCCAACCUGUGUCUGGUCAUGGAGUAUGCUCGGGGCGGAACACUGAACCGGGCGCUGACCGGGAGGCGCAUCCCGCCUCACAUCCUGGUCAACUGGGCCGUGCAGAUCGCACGCGGGAUACUGUACCUACACGAGGAGGCCGUGGUACCCAUCAUCCACCGAGACCUGAAGUCGAGCAACAUUUUAUUACUUGAAAAAAUAGAGAACGACGACAUCGGGAGAAAGACCUUGAAGAUCACAGAUUUUGGCCUGGCCAGGGAGUGGCAUAAAACUACCAAAAUGUCUGCUGCGGGAACCUAUUCCUGGAUGGCCCCUGAAGUUAUCAAGUCCUCUCUCUUCUCUAAAGGCAGCGAUGUUUGGAGCUACGGCGUCUUGCUGUGGGAGCUGUUAACAGGGGAGGUGCCUUACCGAGGGAUUGAUGGUCUGGCUGUUGCUUAUGGUGUGGCUGUCAAUAAGUUAACCCUGCCCAUCCCCUCCACCUGUCCUGAACCCUUCGCCAAGCUCAUGGAAGAGUGCUGGGACCAGGACCCUCACGUGCGUCCCUCCUUCUCCUGCAUCCUGGAGCAACUGUCAGCCAUCGAGGAGGCGGUAAUGGCCACCAUGCCUCAGGACUCCUUCCACAGCAUGCAGGACGACUGGCGCGUGGAGAUCCAGGAGAUGUUCGACGAGCUUAGGACCAAAGAAAAGGAGCUUCGUUCCAGAGAAGAGGAGCUGACUCGUGCGGCCCUGCAGCAGAAGUCUCAGGAAGAGCUGCUGAAGCGUCGGGAGCAGCAGCUGGCCGAGCGAGAGAUCAACGUGCUGGAGAGAGAGCUCAACAUCCUCAUCUUCCAGCUCAACAAAGACAAGCCCAACGUGAAGAAGAGGAAAGGCAAAUUCAAACGUUCUCGCCUGAAACUGAAGGAUGGAAACCGCAUCAGCCUGCCCUCAGACUUUCAACACAAGAUCACCGUGCAGGCGUCGCCCUCCAUGGACAAGAGGCGAAGCCUUCACUGCACCAGCUCCUCUCCUCCCAGCAGUCCCACACUCAUCCCCCGCCUGCGAGCCAUUCAGCUUACUCAGGAUGAGAGCAACCGUACCUGGGGCCGCAGCUCCCUCUUCAGGCCAGAGGAGUUUGACGAUGUGAAAAAGGGAAUCAAAAAGAAAGGAAGAACCUGGGGCCCCAGUUCAGUCCAGAGCAAAGAGCGGCCCGCUGCAGCUGAGAGAGUGCGUCCUCUGUCAGACGGCAGCAGCCCCUGGUCCACCAGCCUGCUGAAGCCCCAGAAGUCUGUUCCCCUCGCUGCGUUGUUCGUUGAACAAGCGGGAGUCGGGAAAGAUGAGGCGUUUUCCCAGGAAUGUCCCGACAGCAGCUCCAAACCAAAGCAGCUCAAGUUCCCCAAUCAGGUGUACAUCGAUCUACCUCUGUGGAGGGACGAGCAGCAGCCCCAGGGCCCCGGGGGGAAUAACGGACCUGGAGAUGCGGGGGUCGGCGCAGGAAGUCCGGGCGGCCCGCCAGAGACUCCUGACGACCCCUGCACCACCACGUCCACCUCAUCCACCUCCACCACACCACAGCUGACCCCUACGAACAGCCUGAAAAGAGCAUCGGCUCGCCGCAAGACAGACUCUGCGCUCUACGGCUGCGGGUCUUUGCUGGCCUCUCUGGUGCUUGGUUAUGACAUCAGGGAAGCGAUCAAAAACUCAGCCCCAGGGGAGGAUGGCGAGCCCCCAAAGGAGGAGAAGAAGAAGAAGGAGGGCCUAUUCCAGCGGGCGACCCGGUUCCGCCGCAGCACCUCGCCACCAAGCGGUCGCUCCCGCAAGGAAGAAACGUCAUCAUCCAACAACACCGCCACCGCUGUCACCGCCGCCGUUGCCCAGCCUGUCAAUCUCGUCUCCAUGUCAGCCAUCAUGGAGUGCAACUCCACCAAGUGCCUCCUACAGUCGGAGGUGGAGGUGUCAGAGCCCAGCCCUUCCAAGGCCGAGCAUGUGGCCAACAAUCACCGCUCUGACCCACCCAGACCCGGCAGAGCAUCAGCAGAGAAGCCCAGUAAAAAAGCUGAGACACAAAAACCAGUACAGAACCAGAACCAGCCCCCAGAGCAGAGACACCACAACACAGGAACACGUCUGCGCAGAAAGAAGUACACCACCAACCACACCACCAACGGCCCGCCCUCCGUACCACCUCCUGCCGCGCAGAAGAAGCAGCAGAAAGAUGAAAAGCCAGUGAGCGGAGAGGCCGUCCCGCGGCCGGUUUCAUUCCGGGCCAAGCCUCACACCUGGGCCCUGCUCCGAGGACGCAACAAGAGCUACUCACUGGGUCACUACUCCGGGGAGAAAGCAGCCCAGAACCUGAACAUGGUGCUGUCUGCGGAGGUGGGCUGCUCCCUGCUGGACAUGGACACAGAAGGACAGAAACGGGACUGCACCGUGCCUCUCUGCCGCAUCCAGAGUUCCCCGGCACGGCCCUCCGUCUUCGAGCUGGAGAACAAGUUCCUCUCCUGAGAGCCUGGAGAAGGAAAUCUGCCCCCAAUCCAGACGAUCCAGACCCAGGCUGCCUUUGUCUUUUUUGUUUUAGGUUCUGUUUAGGGCAGUAGAACCCAGAUCUGUCUUAGAGCCAGAGCACGGUGACACCAGCAUGUCACUGAGACUGAGAGCAGCCUUUAGUCACUGCCAUGCCUUCAGAACACACACACACACACACACACAGAGCACUGAACCUGAGUGGGACAUUUCAGAGCCAGAUCAAAGUCUUUGUCGCCCCCUCCCUGUUUCAUCUCAUCACUGCAGCUCAACGUUGACCGCUGCUGCAGCUCUCCCCACACACCACCCCCACCUUUUUAUUUAUUUUCAUUAGUAAUUUAAUAUGAAGACUCGACCUCACCAUAGCUGCUGCAGGAAACACAUUCCACGUCGGCUUCAGAGGUGUGUGUGAUCACACUCGUAGAGAAUCAUGCAUGCAUCUGCUUUUUAAAUGUUUGAAUAUGACUUUUUACCCACUACCAGCCUAAUGCUGCAGUCUUUUUUUACUAUGUUUAUGACUUUUUUAAAGUGAAGCCGUGCUGCAGAACCGUGUGUGUUCCAUUAAAAAGGAUCAUAGUGUGUGUUUCCUCUCGCAACGCCCUGAGGAUUUUUUACAUGCAGGUAGAAAAACACUGGAAGUCUUACAAAGCAGACACUGAGAAGCUGUGGUCAUGUGCUGCUGAUAUGUAUUUAUAGAUGUUUUUGUUUUGGGGGGAGGGGGGUGGACCUCUUCAAGCGUAAAUGUUCAGUCAAAAAUAAAAUAAAAAUCAUUGCAAAUCGAUGAAUUAAACCACAUUAGAAACAAGUGUAAGUCGCUUUGGACAAAAGCGUCUGCUAAAUACAUAAACAUAAACAUAAGUGAUGAGCUGAAAUGUUGAUAUUUGAUCUGCAGUGCCAGGUUGUUUCAUCAGUCAUUCCCCAUCUGUUUGCCCCUUUUGUAUUUCAGUAUUUAUAAUUGAACUGUUACGUUUACUUGGUUUCUUAUUUAGUUUAGUCUGUUUUGUUUCUGAUUUUAUUCAAAUUUUAGCAAUAAAUGUCUCCAUCUGCUCAAAUAGCCAUCUAAAAAGGCCCAGGAAGGUCUGGAGAUGUUUGAAUUUGACUAAAGACAAAGGCUCAUUAUUAUUAUUAUUAUUAUUAUUAUUAUUAUUAUUAUUAUUAUUAUUACUGUAAACAAGCAGCCAGUUAUGUUUUGCUCAGGAGUCCCAAAGGACUGAAUAUCUUAAACUGAAAAGCAGAUAUUUGCAAAUCUGACUGAAUGUAGACCUAAAUAUGCAGGUAUGAGUUACAGUUCAAGGGUCACUAAAAUGUUUACUGAGAACUAAUUAUAUGCCCGAUCAUUGUUUCACUGUUUAACUCACCAAGAACUUAUUUUCAUGAGGUAAUGAAUGACCAGAUGGUGUAAAUAAAGUCCUGAUAUGUUUAUUUUUUCUGUAUUUUAUGACCACAGCCUUAAAAGACCAGCUGGGGCCUUAGCAACUGUUUAGGGUGCUGUCUGUUUUUCAGUCCUGUAAGUUUCACUCAGCGUUUGUCAUCCACCGUCACGUUCAACACACGUUUCUGUCGGGAUUCUCCAUGACUCAACAUUCCACUGCACUGGAUGAAAGGCAGCAACACUAUUUCUAAAGCUUCUGUGUUGCGUGAAAUGCACCGGCACUGAUUCUUCUCCGAUCCAGAACCACUAACAGAACCUGCUGCUUUGUGAGAACAUCAGCGGCUUGUGCAGCUGGUAGACCUGAUGAUAAAAAGUAUCAAAAAUGAUAAAGCUUGUGUCACACUGACUAUUUUCCGGCUCAUGAUUUCCGUUAAACUGUUUGUCAUCUUUACAGUAUUGUUUUUUUUUUCAUGCCUGAUCGAUAAACGUUAUCAUGUUUUAUCAUUUUAAAUAAAAUCUAAGUCAAG